GUGGACUCUUCAUUUGGGCGUCGGUCAUUGUAGGCGUGUAGAUGAAUCUGCCAAUUUUAGAGAGAGCUUGGUCUAAUUCUAAUGAUUUGAGAAAGAAGGGGUGAAUUCAAUUGUUUGCAGACUUUUUUUUCCAUGUGUAUGAUGUUGAUGAGAUCCAGUCCAGUGUUCGUCGUGGGGCCACUCCCACUCUUUCUCUCCCUGCUGCUCAAAUCCCCAUGACUGCCACCGCCGCCAACAUUUUCAGUAUCCAUCAAUGCAACACCACCAGUACGGUGCUCAAAUCCCCAUGACUGCACCUCCCGCCGCCGCCACGGCCUCCAACAUUUUUAUUAUCCAUCUGUGCAACACCACCAGUACGGUGCUCAAAUCCCCAUGACUGCACCUCCCGCCGCCGCCACGGCCUCCAACAUUUUUAGUAUUCAUCUGUGCAACACCACCAGUACGGUGCUCAAAUCCCCAUGACUGCACCUCCCGCCGCCGCCACGACCUCCAACAUUUUUAGUAUCCAUCUGUGCAACACCACCAGUACGGUGCUCAAAUCCCCAUGACUCCACCUCCCGCCACCGCCACGGCCUCCAAUAUUUUUAGUCAUUUCCCAGUAGAAGUGUCUUCCCAGAACCGAAAUGGGUUUCAGAAGACUGCACAUAUUGAUGUUGGAGAAGAUGAUGUGAAGAUCAAAAAUGAGGGAAAACCCAGAACUGAGAUCAGUUUGGCAAAUUUUAGCAGUGAAGAUCCUGUGAAGCAAGGUAAAGGCAAGAGCAGUGAGCAGCCCAAGUCUUUAAGAUCCCGUCUCAUCAAAUUGUUUAAGAGCCCCACGAGAGGAGAGAACUACAACAUCCCCCAGGCACUUAUGAGUGUGGACAUGAUAAUCUUAUUUGUAGCCAUUACUUGCGGGGUUGGAACUACUAUCAACGCCAUUGACAACAUGGGUCAGAUUGAAAAAGCCCAGGGUUACACUCCUGUGAAUAUCAGUACUGUUUUUUCUCUCAUCAACAUCUGGAACUUUCUAGGCCGUGUGGCGGCAGGACUUUUCUCUGAGUUUCUGUAUGAAAAGUACAAAUUUCCCAGGCCAUUGAUUUUCACAAUAGUAUUGCUUAUCGCUUGUCUUCAGCAUGUCUUUACAGCUUUUCCUCUGCCAGGAUCACCGUAUGUAGCCUCAACCGUUAUAAGCUUGUAUUUUAGAACUCGGUGGCCCAAAUCCUUCAGAUCCUGUCUGGUCAGUGGAUUGCAUUUUACAAAUAGAAAAUGGAGGGAGAGAGCAAACAAGGGUGAGGGACUAAAGCACCUUCCCUGCUGUGGAUAUAUGGAAGUGAAGGAGGCAUCUCUUCUAGCCCAGAGAAGAUUGUUUGCGGUAUUUAUAUCCUUUCUGAUAAUGUCCCCUGCUGAAGGGAUUUUCAUGCCUCGUAUAUAUUCAGAAACUCAAUCUGCCCAAACAAUUUCAGACAGUGAUAUCAAUCAAUAUGCUCCAGCUGUUCAUUCAGAGAGAACUGCAGCUACGAUGGACAUGGUGCCGAGGCCUCGCAAACUUUCAGAACCAAGUAAACCUAAGCUUGAUCGAGGAAGUGGUGCAUAGCAUAAUUAAAAUAUAUAUUUUAUCACUAUAUCAUAAGUUUUUAUUUAAAUAGAUUAUUGAAGUUAAGUAGGGAAUUAUUCUAGUGGAUGCCUUGUAAUUAUGGUCAGGCAAUAUUUAUUUCCUUCACCUAUCGUAGAUGCAAUGGAGAGAAUGCUGAAGGGUGGCAAUUUUUUUCUAAACCAAGUAAACCUAAGCCUGUUCCAGGACAUGGU